AUGUCGUCACGGCCAUGGCCACCGGGUGAAGUUGUUCGUGAAAGAGAAACAUUUAGAUAUGACCCUGCCCUCAUCAUCAACGCCGUCCCCAACUCCCCCUCCAAACUCAUCCCCUCCAGCGAGCUCUGUGCCUCUUCCGAUGCCAUCUUGACUGCCUUCUGCCAACUGGCCGCUUUGCGACUCAAUACCACCCGAGCCCUCAUCUCCCUCUUCGACCGCUCGAACCAAUACGUCGUUGCUGAGGCCACUCAAGACCUGCGCCUUUUGCCCAAUGCCAGCCUCGCACAGAAUGACCCAGGCCUUUGGCUGUGUGGUACGCGAUUUCCUCGUUCCUUUGGAGUUUGUGAACGUGUCCUCGUUGCCCCGUCAAACGAGCAGCCAUCUCGCGAUCCCGCGGUCAACAGCAAUUCCAGCAUUCCAGUCACUGUCAUUAGCGACCUCAGAACCGACGACCUGCUAUGUCACCGACCUUACUGCCAUUCUUGGCCCAAUAAUCGUUUCUAUGCCGGCGUCCCCCUAAAGACUACCAAAGGUAUCAACAUCGGCGUUCUCUGCGUCUUUGACUGUCAGCCCCGAUCCGGGCUGGACGAGCCAGCCAAUAAUAUUCUGCGAGAUCUAGCUCAGGCUAUCAUGACCCAUCUCGAGGAACGACGUGUCACCGAAAGAUACCGCCAAGCAGACCGUGUCACUCGCGGCAUACAAAGGUUUUUCCACGGACGUGCUAGCCAGGCCGACAUGAGGGAUGACCAACUGCUUGCGACCGAACCGAGACUUCAUACGCCAGGAGCAGACUCUAGUGCGCAAUCUCAUCAUUCCACCGACAGCAGGCCCCGUGUGGACCGCCUGAAGAGCACAUGCACGAGCGCAGCCGAUAUCAUGAGGGAUGCCCUCGAAGUCGACGGUCUUAUGCUGUUGGAUGCCUCGUAUUCGCGACGCAGCAAUCUGGUCAGCCCUAGUACGAGUCCCCGUUCUAGCACCCAAAAUAAGGAGUCAAUACAGGCACAAGCCAACAAACAAACCCUGAACGGUGGAAAUAAUACCAUGUGCCCCGUACUCAGCUCGUCUGUCGCGGCCGAGGCUAAAUGCGACGGCAAUUCUUAUUUCGGCCACGAAACUCUAAGCGUAGCAGUUCUUACGAAGCUACUACGUUACUACCCUCGUGGCACGAUUUGGAAUUUUGAAGCUGGGCAAGAUGAUUCGAGCGAGGUUCAUAGCGAUGAUAGUUCUGUGGACGCUACGGACGAAAGCCCAGUUGCCCCAGAGUCUGGCAAGACAUGUCCAGUUUCGUCAGUCGAGUCACCAUGCUGUCCCGGCCAGCUUCGCAGAAGGCAAGAACUUCGAAAAGAAGUCUUGAAGAUGCUUCCCGAUGCCAAAAGCGUGGCAUUCUUUCCCGUAUGGGACGCCCAAAAACGGCGCUGGUUUGCAGGCGGGUUCGCGUACAGCGUCAAGCCCAGCCGUGUCUUUUCACCAAAAAGGGAAUUAAGCUAUCUCCGAGCAUUUGGGACCGUCCUCAUGGCAGAGGUUUCAUCCAUGAGAGAGCGAGAGACUGAACGGUCCAAACUUGGCGUGUUGGACUCAAUUUCCCACGAAUUGCGCUCGCCCCUUCAUGGCAUAAUUCUCGGCGCCGGUCUGCUACGUGGAACUAGGCUCGACUACUCUCAGCAAGAAGCCCUCUUGUCAGUUGAAGCGUGCAGCCGUACACUGUUAGACGCCAUUGACCAAAUCCUUGACUGGACCAAAAUCAAUCGUUUCACCUCAUCACUUACAAAGGACACCAACUACACCUACAGCGACGUUGACAGUCGCACCCUACGUUCAUCCCGAGAGAACAGCGUCGAGGCAAGCAUGAUGAACAUCGCUUCCAGAGUCGAUCUUCCCAAUCUGGUCGAAGAAGUUGUCGAAAGCAUCCAUGCUGGCCACGAGUUCCAGAAGCUGUCGCUUGGUCAGAAAAGCGAUCUUUGCAACGGGCGAGUCAGAGUCAGUAUUCACUUCUCGCCUAGCCCGGCAUGGAAAUUCCACGUACAGGCGGGCGCAAUUCGGCGCAUUAUCAUGAACAUCUUGGGCAACUCACUCAAAUUCACGACCAGCGGUUUCAUUCAUGUCCAAGUCGAGCAACUGGAUAUGCCUAGUCCUCCUGCUGGAUCCGACGUCCGUCUCGUAAGAUUGGCUAUCACCGACACAGGCUGCGGCAUCGAUAAGGAUUUUCUUAGUCAUGAAAUCUUCACACCUUUUUCUCAACAAGACAACAUGGACGCAGGAACCGGGCUUGGAUUGAGUGUUGUCAGACGGAUUGUCCAAGCUAUGAAAGGAACUGUAGACGUGCAAAGCACAUCGGGAGUCGGCACCACAGUUCAAGUCGAUCUACCUCUAAAAUGCGCAGAAGCCCCCGAGCUAGUGGCUACUGAAGAUGCCUAUAAAACGUGGGACUCGGAGUUGACAGAUGGCCACCUCAAGCGCCUCGAGGGCUUGAAGGUUUCCCUCGUUGGGUUUCAGGAUUGUUUAGAUAACGACCCGGUGUUGUACAACAUCCCAACCGAGAAGGAGAUUGUAUCAUCAACUUGUCAACAAUGGCUGGGCUUGGAUCCAAUUGACUCGGUGGACGUCCAGGGCAUUUCUCCCGACAUCGUACUGUGCAAUGACCGCUCUUUCGACAAUGCGGCAUCAACCAUGCGAUACAAUAACUCAACGCCAGUGAUUGUCUUUUGUCAAAACGCGGUUAUGGCGCGGAAACGAACAGUGGCCAAUAACCUUGAUCGCGGACUCAACGCGCAGAAUGUUUUCUUUACUCACCAACCCAUAGGUCCACGCCGGCUAGGAAAGCUUGUGCUACGAUCAAUAACGAAACAUCCAAAGCAACAACUGUGUCUCAGAAAUCGACCAGGCAAUGAAAGGAGCGUUGCAUUGGGCCAGAAUCCACCAACUCCGCCUGCUGUCAACGGCGAGAACAGCAAUGUCUUCAGUGAAGACCUUUCGCUUUACUCUACCACUCCCAACUGGUAUCUGCCUCAGCAACUCCCACGUUCCCCUCUCGCCACACCUUCAGAAAAGCCGGAUCCCAUGUGCGCUGAGCCGAGAACAAGUGAACGACUAUUCCUUCUCGUAGACGAUAAUCCAAUCAACCUGAAAAUGCUGGUAGUAUUCAUGAAGAAGCUCAAUCUGCCGUACCGCACCGCGACAGACGGACAGCAGGCCGUUGACAAGUAUCGAGAGAACCCCAAGGGCUUCAUAUGUGUGUUUAUGGACAUAUCCAUGCCGGUCAUGAAUGGAUUCGAGGCAACGCGUGCGAUCCGCAAGAUUGAGACUGGCGCCCCUGCUCCAAGGUGUGCUGUGUUUGCCCUGACUGGCCUGGCGUCACAGGAAGCACAGCAAGAAGCCAUUUUGAGUGGUAUCGAUCUGUUUUUGACCAAGCCGAUCAAGCUGGUUGAGAUAAGGCAGAUCUUGGAGACGAAGCAUUUGACUGAUGUUUAA